AUGGCUGAAUACCCUCUCGACAUCUGUGGACAGCAGCCCUUCCUGCUUCUGAUCUACACACAGAUCACACUCUGCUUCGAUCUACCCGACGACUCUCCCUCAUCCACCGACCAAGUCAUUUUAACGCUAAAGCGCGGUCUGGAGCGCUUGUCUGAAUCCUUUCCAUGGGUGACAGGGCAGAUCAGCAAGGACGACGUUGGGAAUGGCAAGAUCGCUCCCUUCGAAUCCAUCCCGCCCUUGAUCGUCAGGGAUCUGCGCGACGACCGCUCUAUCCCAUCGAUGGCGACUCUCAAAGCAUCCGAAUUUCCGAUGAGGAUGCUCGAUGAGAGUGUCAUUGCACCUCGGAAGACCAUCCCCGACGAUUUCUCCUCGACUGAGCCUACCCCUGUCUUCCUGUUGCAAGCGACCUUCAUCACUGGCGGACUGUUGCUCACUGUCCUCGGGCAGCACGGUGCGAUGGACAUGACGGGCCAGGCCCAGCUCAUCCACCUCCUCCACAAAGCCUGCAAAGGCGAACCAUUCACGUGUGAAGAGAUCGCGUCCGGAAACCUUCAGAGGGAUACGCUCGUACCUCUUCUAGACAAGGACUACAAACCAGGACCCGAACUGGACAAUCAACUCGUGAAGAUUGCCCCUCCCGGAGACGCUUCGCCCGAUUUGGCUCCAGCCUCUCGCCCUCCCAAAUGUGUAUGGGCAUACUUCUCAUUCAGCGCUGAUUGUCUUCGCGAGAUCAAAUCCAUCGCCUCACAGGCCCUCCCCGCAGACGCAACAUUCAUCUCCACAGACGACGCCCUCACAGCCUUUAUUUGGCAGGCUAUCACCCGCAUCCGAUUUGCUCGUUUUGAAAAGGCAUCCAUUUCGACCUCGACCCUAGAGACCCAACUCGCCCGUGCAGUGGACGUCAGACGCUUCUUAGGCGUCCCCGACACAUACACCGGUCUUUGCCAGAACAUGACCUAUCACCAAUUCCCCUUCUCCCAAAUCGUGUCCGCACCUCUGGGCGUCAUUGCUGCAGACCUUCGUCGAGCCGUGGACCCAAAGUCGUGGAAGCGAGACCUCAACCACGCCACCCGAGCUCUUGCGACCCUGAUGCAGCGUACGCCCCCAGCCUCCCGGGGUAACAUCUCGCUUACAGCCAACAUGUCCCUCGCCCAUUCCAUCAUGCUCAGCUCCUGGUCCAAACCGCCCCUAUACUCCCUCGACUUUGGUUUGGGUCUCGGGAAGCCUGUGUCGGUGAGGCGACCGCAAUUCACACCGUGCGAGAGCUUGCUGUACCUGAUGCCGAAACGGGAGGAUGGAGAGGUAUCGUUGGCUGUUUGUUUGAAGGAGGAGGAGAUGGAGCAGUUGAGAACCGAUGAGGAGUUUGGAAAGUAUGCGAGGUAUAUUGGUUGA